CUCCAUAAAUGCGUUUUAACUCAGACCAACGGCAUUGACUGUCGUCGGAAGUCUCUAUGAUGAUAACUACUGUAGCAACUAAUCGUGAAUAGUAAUUCUCCCUAAUUCUUCUCUACAAUACGUCAAUACUCUUACAAUUGAUUCUUGAAUCAAACUAGCGUUUAUAUUAAUUCGCAACUUAGCCCGUGAAAUUUUCCAGAAAAUCGAAAUUAUGGAAAAUUCUAGGGUUCCUGAAGGAUCUUCCGAUCCCCAAUUUCAAUUCAUGAAGAGCACAUCAUUCAAUUACAACUCACAGCAAACCCCUAAUUCAUCAGAUCGAAGGUACGCAUAUAAUCGACAAUCUUCACUUCAACAGUAUCAAGAUCCACGAACUCCGACGACGAUAAUCUCCAAUAAAAACUUAAUGACGCCGGUGUUUUCUCGGAGUACUUCGAGCAUUGAUAUUCCGCCUUCAAUUCAUCCCGGAAAUGAUAUUGAUUACAAUUUGUGGAAAGAUUCGCCGAAUUCUGGGGCGAAUUUAUCGUUGUUUGAAUUGAUUUCAUCGGUUUUUCGAGCUUUGAGGACGGGAAAUCGGCCUAUGAAGAGAUUGUUUUUGAUGAUUUCGCUAAAUGUGGCGUAUUCGACUGCCGAACUAUUCAUCGGGCUUCUUUCGGGUCGUGUUGGUUUGGUAUCUGAUGCGUUCCAUUUGACGUUUGGAUGUGGCCUUUUGACGUUUUCAUUAUUUGCAAUGGCUGUUUCUAGGAGAAAGCCAGAUCAAGCCUACACCUACGGGUAUAAGAGGCUUGAAGUUAUGUCUGCCUUCACAAAUGCUCUGUUUCUUCUCUUUUUGUCUUUUUCUUUGGCUGUGGAAGCGCUUCACGCAUACAUACAAGAUGAGUCAGAGCACAAGCAUUAUCUCAUUGUUUCAGCAGUGACAAAUCUGUUGGUGAAUCUUGUUGGUGUUUGGUUCUUUAGGAACUACGCUAGAAGAAAUCUGGCAUACAGAAAUGCCGAAGAUAUGAACUAUCACUCAGUGUGCCUCCAUGUGAUUGCUGAUUCUAUUCGCAGUGCAGGUUUGAUCCUGGCAUCUUGGCUUUUGGCUAUGGGGAUUCAAAAUGCUGAAGUUUUGUGUAUGGGGCUAGUUUCAGUGACAGUCUUUAUGCUUGUAAUGCCACUAUUUAAGGCAACAGGUGGAGUUUUGCUGCAAAUGGCCCCACCUAGCAUUUCAUCUUCAGCAAUGACCAAAUGUUCUAGACAGAUUGCUGCUCUUGAAGAUGUCACAGAAGUUUAUGCAGCACGUUUCUGGGAAUUGGUACCGGGAUAUCUUGUUGCUUCAGUCUCCUUACAGUUAAAGGCAGGGGCUGAUGAUAAAUCAAUUCUGCAAUUUGUGCAUGGCUUAUACCAUGAUCUUGGUGUCCAGGACUUCACAUUACAGACUGAUUAUGUAUGAAGUUCUUCAUGUAGUUUUCCUGCUUCUGUUAGAAUUUUCUUUUUAACCCUUUCAUUCAAACCAAUAUUAGUCUCGAAAUAUUCUUUACAGGAUUAUUUUAUUCUUUAUAGAUGAGCUUUGUUUUUCAUAUACAAAAAUGAAAUGCCCCUUAUUUCUGGGUUAUGAAUCUAUAUAUAUUACUUUCAUCA